ACAUUUUCCCUUUCAGUGUCUUCUGUGACUCGUCAGGCUUUCAAUUAUACUGAGAGGCUGAAGCUCCUUCCAAACACACACUGACACAGACAUCGCUCCAACACCGCCUCCUGUUGAGUUUUUGUCCCCCGGCGCGUUAAAAAGCGCAGUUGAUGAUAAAAACAGAGACGCACUUUCUACAGGAGCGCACAGCUGGAGGUAAAGGGGGUGGGAGCUACUCUACUGGACACCUGCUUGUCCUUUACGAGUCCUCCUUCAUUGGACACUUUGCUCUGCUGGACAGGAGAACCUGUUUACGGAUUUUUCCGCGGAGUGCAUCAUGUGCGCAAACCACAGCGGCACACUCCACCGUGCGCCAUCUCCUCUCCGGAUGAGCUGACCGAGCUAAGCGCACCGAGACCGGAUGGGUGCAAACUUCCCGCUGGUCCAAACUUCGCGGUUCGGCCAGGUAUGAUCGUUUCCAACGCGAGUCUGAGCUGUGCGCGAUGUCUCGGAGUAGCAACGACGGAGGCGAACGGAGGAGUUUCGGGCUCUCUGCCCGCUCCCUCCCUGAGUCCGACGGGGCACCUGGUGGUGGCAGUGUGCCUCGGCUGCAUCGGCACUCUCGGCUUCCUCAGUAACUUCCUGGUGCUGGCGCUGUUUUGCCGGUACCGGGUCCUGCGCACACCCAUGAACCUGCUGCUGGUGAGCAUCUCUGUGAGCGAUCUGCUGGUCAGCGUACUGGGGACCCCGUUCAGCUUCGCGGCCAGCACCCAGGGGCGGUGGCUGAUCGGACGCGCUGGAUGCGUUUGGUACGGGUUCAUCAACUCAUGUCUGGGCAUCGUCUCGCUGAUCUCCCUGGCGGUUCUGUCCUAUGAGCGUUACUGCACCAUGAUGGAGCCCACCAUAGCCAACGGCAGAGACUUCCGGACAUCGUUGGGAGGAAUCUGCUUCUCCUGGCUCUACUCCGUGGCCUGGACUGUGCCUCCAUUGCUUGGGUGGAGCAGAUAUGGGCCCGAGGGGCCCGGCACCACUUGCUCUGUUGAUUGGAAGACCCAGACUCCAAACAACAUCUCCUACAUCAUCAGCCUUUUCACCUUCUGCCUUGUCCUACCAUUCGCCGUCAUCGUCUACUCCUACGGGAAGCUCCUGCGCACAAUCAGACAGGUGCGCAGAGUGAGCUCAGCAGUGACCCGUCGCAGAGAGCAGCGAGUGCUGGUGAUGGUCAUCAUCAUGGUGGUCUGCUACCUGGUUUGCUGGCUGCCAUACGGGGUAGCGGCUCUGCUCGCCACCUUUGGCCCUAGAGACCUUCUGACCCCGGAGGCGAGCAUCAUGCCGUCGCUGCUGGCCAAGUUUUCCACUGUUGUCAACCCUUUUAUAUACAUAUUCAUGAAUAAACAGUUUCACAGAUGUUUCCGGGCGUUCUUUUGCUGUCCCAGUUCAGAGCGAAGCUCCACUUUAAAGACAUUUUCUCGGCCGACGAAGACGUGUCGCACCGCCCGCCAGGAGAGGGACAUCCAGGUGACCGCUCCCGCCCUGUCAACCGCCGCGCCCACACCCAACUCUGUGCACGGGUCCUCCCAGGGAGCCAAUCACAUGAUGCCGUCACCAGCGAACGCUGGUUGCACUGCUGCGGAAGCUGCUGCUGCUCUCGCUCCUGUAGGCCCCACACCUAAACUGAUUCUGGUGGCUCACUACAGGGAAUAAAGGACUAAAGCAACAGCAGAGGAGAGGCAAAUUAAAGGGAGCAGGUCUCCAAAUAAGACAAAGCAUCUUUAUUAGAAGAGGAUUGAAAAUGCAGAACGUGCUGGGGUCUUUUAAUCCCAGAGAAACACUCUGCGAUCCAAAAACAAAAGCCCUCUAAAGCUUUGUGUACAAAGCAGACUGAAGAUGUGCUUUGUGUUGACAUUACACACCUUUCCCACCAGGAUUAAACCGCUGAAUCCCAUUCAAAAGAGCACAACUAUAACACCACACACAGCCCUACCUGGAGUAAAGCAACAAGGAAACCAGAGGGAUUCAUACUGGAUUCACAUUUAACUGUCUGUGUAUUAAUUUGUUAUUUUAGUCCACUUUGUGGGAAACCAUUAGGGCCAAAACAGAGUCAACGUGAAAGGGUUGAUUGCAGAAUGCUGCAAGUUACUGUUCAAUCAUAAAACACAGGAAUAAUUUGUUUUUAUUCUCAAAUAAAAGGUCUUUAAAAUGUUUUUAGACAGAAUCGUGCCUAGAUUUAGAAAAAUCGGGUAGUUAUUUGCAAUAUAAUUUAAUAACAUAAAAGGGUGCAUAUUUCUUUUGGUUUUUUUCCACAUUUUGUUAUGUUGCACCACACACUUCUACAUAUUUUACUGGGAUUUCAUGUUACAGACAAACACAAAGUAGCGUAUAAUCUUAAAAAAAGAAGGAAAGAGGUUCAUGGAUUGCUAAUUUUUUAGGAAAUAUGAUCUCAAAAAGUGUGAUGUGCAUUUCUGUUCAGUCCCCUUUUGCUCUGAUCUCUCUAAAUAGCAUCCAAUGGUAUUUAAUAUCCAUAAACAAAAUGGCAAUACAUGUGUGGAGGAGUUUAAAGCGGAGAUAGGUUAUAAAACAGUGUCAUACGUUUUGAACAUUUCACUGUUUGAUCCAUCAUCUGGAAAUACAAAGGUAUGGCACAACUGCAAACUUACCAAGACGUGGCCAACAACCUUAACUUACAACAUUAAUUAGAAAGGCAUUAAAAGGGCCAAUGUGACUGCAGAAAUCCACAGAUGGGAGAAUCUGUUGAGAAAAUAUUCAAAUAUUCUGUGGACUAAGGAGGGAUAAUGAUCCAAAGCAUACUAGCAAUAAAGGUUUUGGACUGUCCUAGUCAAAGUAUGGACCUAAAUCCAGUUAAGAUGCUGGGGGAUGACCUUAAACAAGCCUUUAAUGGAUGAAAACCUAACAAUGUGGCUAAAUGAAUGCAUUUCUGAAAAACAGAGUGGCCAAAAGUUCCUCCACAGCGAUAAUUCAGAAACACUUUUUGACCGCUAUUGUUGCAGCCAGUUAUUAUGAGGGGCAAUUACUUUUUUCUCAGAGGGCUAUGUUGGUUUGCAUUGCUUUUUUGCAACAUUUUGCAGUUUGUAUUUAAUUAGAUAAUAUUUUUCUGAUAUUCAUAUGUUUCAUGAUGUGAAACAAGAAAAACUAAGAUAAAAGGCAUUAAAUAGUUUUUUAAAGAACUGUAGCUGGUUAUUUUUUACAAAGCAAACAUUGUUAGCAAAUAAAACCCUUGGCAAAAAAUCAAAAUGCUUCUAAUGUCUCCAAACACUCAUCUAAAAUCAAUGUAAAGUCUGAAGCCACAAAUCUAAACGCUGAAGUGUUAUUGGUCCACUAGACAUUUAUAUUCCAAGAACUGAAAUUGUUAAAUCAGUCAUUUUCUGUUUGAAUUCAGAUGUUUGGAAGGAUUUUAGGUAAACGUGUGGCAUGUAGCAUCUGAAAUGGAAAUGUGUUUGCUGCAAGCCAAAAAUCAGCAUGUUUAUGGGGCCAAUUUACCGUGUUAGCAACAGACAUGGAAACCAACAAGACUGAAUCUGAAGAACUACGAGGAAAGAUGCCAAACUUCUUCCUGUCAUCCCCUCGUUAACUCAUUUCUAUAUAUGAAAGUCAAAGCAAACAGCACCUAUUACAUAUUGAUGUUAUUUGUUAAAUUACUAAAUUGUUUUCUCAGACAUUUUGGAGAAGCACUACGAAGUUUGGCAACAUAUUUACAGUCAAAUCUUUUCUUUUGUUUUGUUAUAUUUUGGUGCUGAUUUAAAUUUGUGUGGGAGGAGCUUUUAUUUUUUUUCAGUAAUAAUUUGGUUGAGGAAAAGAGUUUAUAUAAGAGUUUCUUCAUGUCCUCAUUUCAAAGCUUGAAACUAAUUAAAAAUAUUAACCAAUUUGCCACAAAUAAACUCUCAGUCAUCAGACCUGGAAGCCAUUAAAGGAACAUUACACAAUGUUUUAUGGGACACAUUUUACAGUUAUGUACAGUCGUGGUGCCUAAACUGGGGUAUAAGUAGCAAAGUGGGCAUCUGGGUCCCCUUCAGUGGCUUAGUGGCCAAAGAAAUGUUGGCACAGUUGCAAAGGGGACUGUAAUAUUGAGCAAUUUGUCACCGUCAGCAUGAAAUAUGAGCUGUCCAAGCACAUCAUCUUAAAAGCAUUAAGCUCGGCACAAGAAAUUGGGAAAUUCCUCUACAAAGUGAAGUGAAUGACUUACAAUGAUAAGUGAUAAUAUUUGCCCCAAACUGAUUUUUCUGUCACCAUUAAAUGUUUCAGAUGUUUAAACAAAUUUCAUUUCAGACAAAUAUAAGCGUAUAAUAAAGUAAAGACAAAGAGUUUUAAAUAAUGAUUUCAUCUAUCGGAGGAAAAAAAACAACAACCUGGUUCUACAUGAAAAUGUAAUUUACCCUAAAACCUAAACAUUGUACCAACUGUGGUGGAAACAUAUCCUGUCUAGGGUUUAUGAUAACCUGCAAAGAGUCAUUUACAUUGCGGGGACAGAAUUUUGCCCACUCCUCUUUGCAGAAUUGUUUAAAUUCAGACAUAUUGAAGGGUUUUUUAAGCAUCAAAACAACCCAUAUAAGGUCAUAAUACAGCAUCCCAGUUGGAUUUAAAGGGGACAAAUCAUGCUUUUAAAUCCUUCCUUUUCCUAUUUAAAUCAUUCCGAUGGGGUCUGUGUAAAGUGGAACUGCAAUGUUUUGGUUUGAAUUUGUCAUUAUUUUAGCUCCUCAGGUGUUCUUUAUUCAUUCUUUUCAUUCAUUCAUCUUCUAUACUGCUUAUUCAAAACAGGCAUGUUUUUGGACUCCUCAGGCGUCAAUUUAACACAUUUUUUAAUUUGCUGCGGUCUCUUUAAAUGCAAAUGAGGCACAUUACACCCCGCCCCCCUCCAGGCUGCGGAGCCUUCCCCUCCACCUCGUUGGGCCUGUGCUGGUAAAUGAUGGCUCCUGCCUCAUUGCUUUAGACAUCUGAAUAAAACAAGAUUCCAUCACUUUACUUGCCCUCGAUAAAUAUCAACAAAUGUCUAAAAAACAAGAAGCACAUACAAAAUCAUUGCACCAACAACGUGCUACGUUUACUAAUGCAUGAGAACAACAGCACUAAAACUAAUACUGUAGCUGUAAGCUAUCAAACAUGGUUUAUUAACAGGCAUGUGCUGAGCUGGCAAUCUUCUAAAUCAGCUGUGUUAAAGAAGGGAAAUGUCAGGACCUGGCGAGGACUGACUUUGAAUACCCCUGCCCUAGUAUACCAUGACAAAUGUAAAUUCUUAAACAAUAGCAGAGAAAAGUUAAGGAAUUCACAGUAGUAACAAAAGCCCAUUAUUAAUGUCGCUGACAUUUUUUACACAAACUACAUGUAAGAUACCUUUUAAAAUGUAAAUGCUACCACAAUUUGAAUGAACACAACUUUUAAACAAGACCCUAACAUAGUUAAUGAAUGCAUUUGGAUCAUGUUGUUCCCAAGGCAAAAAGGGCAACCAAACAGGUUGCAAAACUGUUUCAUAUUGUUAUUCAAAACACAAUAAGGUGAUGUCCUUAAGGAGCUAAAAGCAAGCGCUGAGCGCUAACAUUAGCAGGAAGCAUGAAGCUGUACUAUCAAAGCAACAGCCAGUCAGUUUAUCAACACCUCAACAAUCAAGCUAGCUGUCAUUUUACUGUCAUCUGCAGCCAACCUCUUUGCUCUGUCCGUCGCUUCCAUGGACCAAAACUGACUCCUCAGACAGACAGAGUCAUUCAGCUAAUCCUCCUUCAUACGGGCCAAGGUUGCUGAAACCAAGAGGACUUUCCCCACUGAUGUCAGCACGUUUCCAUAAAAAAUCAAAUUUAACCAGGAACUCCAAAGAGGUUCUGAUCCUGCGGGACAGUGUAAUAACUGGUGUGGGUUAAUACAACAGAACAUUUUGAUUUUUACGCUUGCUGCUUCGGCAUCCUUCAACUUGAACUACAAGAAUACUGCGAGAAAACAAAUGGCGGAUUCGCUGGAUUGGUUAGCCAGAAGUCCAUGACCAUCUUUAGAAGUUGCACAAAAAAUAAUGUGUCGUAAUACAGAACAAAUCGUAUUGGAAAAUGGAAAAAUCUGAACAGACUGACCAAAUAUGACCCAAAAAGCAUCUAAAUAUAUCACCACAGGAGUGACUAAAUUCACAUUUUCUAGACUUUCAGAGACUCCCAAUACACAAAAAGGUCUUUUAGAGCUAAAAAAGUGGAUUUAGCAUGAUAUGUCCCCCUUUAAACAAGAUUUUGACCAGAAACUAUAGGUUCAUUAAUUAUGGUAAGUGGUUCAGGUCCUGAAGGAGCAAAGCAACCCCAGACCAACAUACUGCCACCACCAUAUGUUUGUCAGUAUGAUUUACUUUUCUGAAAUGGUGUUUUACUCUGGGUCCAAAGUGCCUCACAUCUUACAAAAAGUUACACUUUUUCUUGCCAGUCCACAAAAUAUUUCCCCAAAGUUUUGGGGAUCCUCCUGACAUUUUUUGGCAAAUGUGAGACGGCCCUUUUUUGUUUUUUUGUUUUUUUGGUCAGCAGUGGUUUUGGCCUUGGAACUCUCCCCUGGAUGCCAUUUGUGCCCAGUUUCUUCCCAGUUGUUGAAUGAUGAACUCUGACAUUAACUGAAUUGAAUAUGACCUGCAGGCCAGAUGCUCUCCUAGGUUUACUGGAGUCCCGAAGCUUUAGAGAUGGCUUUGUAACCCUUCCCAGACUGAUAGAUGUCAUCAACCUUAAUCUUUAAUUUAUUUAGUGAUAUGUUGCAAUGAGAUUUUUUAGCCUACUUUAUGUUGUCAGACAGGUUCUGCUUUAGCCAUUUCUUAAUUCUGGUACCAAUCAUCAUUUGUAAACGGCUGUUUGUAUUUACUCAGGUUAUUGUUUUUGGAUAAUUUAAGUAUUACAAAUAUAAUUAAGGGGCAACCUUUUCACUGCAGUGUAGAGUAAAGCCACUUAUAUUGUGCUGGAAUUUGGAAUAAACUUUGAUUUUUUUUUUUUUUUAGGUCUGUUAAGGUAAGAAAUUUCCGACUAUCAAACAUUAAUUAAGGGAACUUUCUAUAGAUUUUUCCAACUUAAAACUUUGAAAUAAGAAAAAAACUUCCAUUAAACAUGCUGCGCCAAUGGAAAAUAAUAUUUUCUUUCUUGCAUUUCAGAUGUAAAACCACAAACUGACAUAGUCAACGUCUCGUUGCACUGAUGUUUUCGCUGUUUCUCUGCCAUUAUGGUGGUAUGCUUCUUAUUAAAAGGUUUAGGAAGCACUGGUCUAGAUGUCUGUGAAGCUGCAGCUUUCACUUUUUCGCUGUAAAUCUGUUCGAGUCGUCUCAUCGCCUUGGUAACAUAAACAA